CUUUCCUUCCUCAACUUGAGUUUCUCAACUCCUACCUAUCUAUCUUUUCUUUUUUUCAAAUAUCUUAUUAUAUAAAUACCUUAACCCAAUUCUCUUUUCUCUAACUUUCAUAUCUCAUUUCUCUCUUGGAUUUCAUAUUUGCCAAACAUGGAUUUUUCAUCAUAUAUCAACACUUCCUUGGAUCUCAACAUCAUCCCUUAUAGACCUCAUCAACAAAUUCCAAAGAAGGAGGUGGAAACAAACUUUUUCUCCUUGGGGAUGGCCAACUUUUCUGUCAAAGAUGAGUCCGUUGAUGAAUUGGAAGAGGAACUGAAAAGGGUGACAGCAGAAAACAAGAAAUUGGUGGAAAUGCUGUCGGUGGUUUGUGAAAACUACAACUCUUUGAGAAGCCAUUUGAUGGAAUAUAUGAGUAGAAAUCCUGAGAAGGAACUUAGUACAUCGUCGAAGAAAAGAAAAUCCGAAAGCAGCAAUAAUAAUAACAGUAAUUUGAUUGGAGUUAACAAUGGAAACUCUGAAAGUAGUUCUACCGAUGAAGAAUCGUGUAAGAAACCGAGGGAACAAGAAAUUGUUAAAGCCAAAAUUUCAAGAGCUUAUGUUAGGACUGAAGCAUCAGAUACCGGACUUAUUAUGAAGGAUGGAUACCAUUGGAGGAAAUAUGGACAAAAGGUGACUAGAGAUAACCCUUGUCCAAGAGCUUAUUUCAAAUGCUCUUUUGCUCCAAGUUGCCCUGUCAAAAAGAAGGUGCAAAGAAGUGUGGAUGAUCAAUCUAUGCUUGUUGCUACUUAUGAAGGGGAGCACAAUCAUCCUCAACCAGCUCCAUUGGAGUCAAACUCCGGUUCCACCCGUAGCGCGAGCCUUAGUUCGAUACCUUGUUUAGCGUCUCCAAUCUCAUCAGCACCAAAAGUUGUUACACUUGACUUAACAAAUUCUAAGACUAGUAAAGAUUCCAAGAGUAAUGAACCAAGGAAAGAUUCACCAAAAGUACCAAAGAAUUUGGUGGAACAAAUGGCUACUUCUUUGACAACUGAUCCAAAUUUUAGAGCAGCACUUGUUGCAGCCAUAUCAGGAAGAUUGAUGCACAAUAAUUAAGUAUAUUCCAUAAAAUGGAUCAUUUUUUUUAGAGGAAUAGGAUCUCUAUGUAAAUACAACAUAGAAGAUUGAGAUAUAUUAUAGCAAUUUGAUCCUUUUUUGGGUUAAAAUAUCUAGGAUACCUCAAAUCAGUUUCCAAAUUGUUCUUACAGAAAUUCUAUAGAGGGAAAAAGAAAUUCUCAUUUCUCAA